UAAAAUUAUUUAUGUUCCUUAAUUUUAAUGCACUAUCUAAUUUAAAUGCAAUUGACAUCUUCGCGUUUUUGAUGAAAUUUUUUACGAGAAUGAAUAAAAGGGACAAAACGGAUUUAUUUGUUUUUUUUUGUUUAUUGCAUAUUGGGUUUUACAUAAACCAUUUUUUAUUUUAUUACAGUCGGGCCCUCAUUAUAAGAUAUUUACUCCCUUGGGGAUUAAAAAAUUCUUUAAAUAUGUAUGAGAGGGUAUUUUCGAUUAGGUAGCCCAUUUGCCAAUUGACUUUAAAAAUCGAAAAUAAAAUUGGGAUUACCUAGAUUGUAGGGAAGUUUUAUAGGUAAAUCCGAUUUUGUAAAUGUUUGAAAUAUUAAAAAAGGAUCUGGGGCAGAUUUGAAAAUUUUUGGUUAGUUUUGCAGAAAUUCAAUUAUCUUAAAAUUUCUGCAAAAAAAUUUUUCAGCUCAAAAUUUAUGUAGCUUUUAAUUUUUUAAACAUUUUUAGAUGAAAAAUCGUUUAAAUAAAUCAGAAAAACGGCAAAAAUUUGGAGAAUUAAUUGAUCUCUGGUCGUCAACUGGCCCGCAAAAAAUGUUUUCUUCAAAAAUAAAGAAAUCUUCAAUAAAUUUUAAUAAAAGUCUUUCCAAUAAUUUUGAUGGGAUAAUUGAAGAAAUGAAACAAAAAGAAAAUAAAAAUGUUUUUCUUUCAAAUUAUUUUUUAUUUGAAGCUUUAAUUUACAAAUUUGGUAAUUCAAAUAAACACCAAAAAUUUUGGAAAAUUUCUUUGAAAAUAUAUAGAGAAUUGAAAAGGUUAUUAAAUGAAGAUAUUUUGUGUUAUUUUAACAAAUUUAAUGAGAAACUAAAAAACAGUCAAUUUAUUUAUUCGCCAUUAAAACAAACAAUUUGCUUUUUUGGAGCUAUUUUAUUAAAGAGAAUGUUUAAAUUGGAUAAAUUACGUUUAAUUUGUGCCAAUUCUGUUGAUUGUUCUAUGGGAUAUGUUGAACUGGGAUUUUUUUUAACUUUCAAUUUAAUGUUAAUUGCAAUUAUUUCUGAUGUUGCCAAGGAAGCAAAUAAACAAAUAAUUAUUUUGGCUAAUAUUUAUCAAAAAUUGGGGAAUUAUUUUUAUAAAAGUUCUAAACAGCGGUUUGUUUUUAUCUUUUUAAAUGAUUGA